CCCCUUACCCCCGCCCCGCCCCGCCCCGCGCCGCCGCCGGCCCGGCCGCUGUCAGCUCUCCUCAGCGUCGGGCCGAGGCGCUGUGUAUGCUGAGCUGCUGCGGCCGCAGGCUGCUGCACGUCCUGGGCCUUAGCUUCCCGCUGCUGACCCGCCGGCCGCUUUUUCUCUGCCCUCACCGCCUCAUGAAACCUCUGGUCGUGUUCGUCCUCGGCGGUCCUGGCGCCGGCAAGGGGACCCAGUGCGCCCGCAUCGUCGAGAAAUAUGGUUAUACACACCUUUCUGCAGGAGAACUUCUUCGUGAUGAAAGGAAGAACCCAGAUUCACAGUAUGGUGAACUCAUUGAAAAGUACAUUAAAGAUGGAAAGAUUGUGCCAGUUGAGAUAACCAUCAGUUUGUUAAAGAGGGAAAUGGAUCACACAAUGGCUGCCAAUGCUCAGAAGAAUAAAUUCUUGAUUGAUGGGUUUCCAAGAAAUCAGGACAACCUUCAAGGUUGGAACAAGACCAUGGAUGGGAAGGCAGAUGUGUCUUUUGUUCUGUUUUUUGACUGUAAUAAUGAGAUCUGUAUUGAACGAUGCCUUGAGAGGGGAAAGAGUAGUGGUAGAAGUGAUGACAACAGAGAGAGCUUGGAGAAGAGAAUUCAGACCUAUCUUCAGUCAACAAAGCCAAUUAUUGACUUAUACGAAGAAAUGGGGAAAGUCAAGAAGAUAGAUGCCUCUAAGUCUGUUGAUGAAGUUUUUGAUGAAGUUGUGAAGAUUUUUGACAAAGAAGGCUAACUCUAAACCUGAAGGCAUCCUUGAAAUCAUGCUUGAAUAUUGCUUUGAUAGCUGCUAUUACAACCCCUUUUUAAGGCAAUUUUAAUCUUUCAUAAUUACAUCUCAAUUAAUGGCUGGAAAGUAUAGAGUAAGACAAAUUAAAUUUUUUAUCUUAGAUUUUUUUGGUUAUAGGAGUAGACAGUGAAUUCGGGUCUAACUUCAUCUUAGCUUUGGUGCUCACAAAACAAAGAAGGAUAUCAGCUUAGUUCUUUGUUUUUACUCAGAAAGCAUAUCCCUUUUAUAGUUUGUGCCUUCUGUGAGCAAAACUUUUUAGUAUGUCUGUAUAUCCCUUUAAUAAUUACAACAUGUUAGGAUUAGGGAUUCCCCAUUUCCUUGUUUUCUUGCAAGUUUUAAAUUUCCAACCUGUUAAAGUGAAUUUGUGGACCAAAUUCCAGAGGAACUUCUUGUAUAGUCAGUUCUUGCAAAAUGUGUUUGGUAAAUUCAUGAAAUGAAUUCCUGGAAGUGUUUUAGUAUAUAACAAAUAACUGACCAUUUCCUAUAGAAAGGUAAGAAAAUAGGCUUUGUUUUAUUACAACUUAUACAAAGUUGUGUGACAGGGCAUCUUCUUUGCUUCCAGGGAUUGGGAUGGGGUCACUGGGGGUUCAGAGCCUGGCAGAUUUGUCAGCUUUAUUCUGACAUAAAUCUGAGGGUAGGGGGCAAGGAUCACAUCUAAUGACCUGUGUUCCUGUGCUCUAUUAUAGAGUGUUAUUAAUGAUUUAAAUUGAUCUUAACAAAAUUCCUAGCAGUGGAACCUUGAAAUGCAUGUACGGGGUUUAUGGUAAAUGAUUUGGUUAGCGUUUUGGUAACACUUCAUUCAAAGUGUUUUUGUUUGAUUUUUAGACUAAAUGUAGGGUUGGUAUGUAGUAAAAACAUCUAAUGGUUAAUUUCCCAUUUGUGUUUUAUUUUCUUGAAUACUUUUUUUUUUAGUUAUUUGUUUAAGGAGAUUAAAAAUCAUUGCACUUUGGUCAGAAAAAUAAUAAAUAUAUCUUAUAAAUGUU